UGGGUGAACACUAAAAAUGUAGAUUAUGAAUAUUCUUUUGCAUGUCCUGUUAGUUGUAGAACACUGAUUGUUUCAAUACUUGAGACUGACAAUGAGGACUUUUGCAGAUUGGAUGGGUCAAAACAUAUUGAGCUACUACGGAUUCCUGAACAAGGGGAUGUACGAUCAUUUCAUUUUGAACCGGUACGAAAACGACAUGUGCUCAGUAAAAAGUGAAGAUUCAGAAGAAUUGAGUUCCACAGACGUACCAGCUAUAGCGAACAUAAAACCUCGAAAGACAAAAUUCGCACCUCAGGCAUUCCACAAUUGCACCUUUUGUGGGAAAUGGUACAGAUCGAAAACGAGCUUAGGACUGCAUCGUAGACUAGAAUGUGGGAAAGAGCCUGCGUUCCAAUGUCCCUUUUGCCCUUUGAAAACUCAUCAAAAAGGAAAUUUGCAAGUCCAUAUAAGAAAGAAACACACUAAUGAAAGUGCAGAAGUGAACCGCAUGAGUUCUAAUUCGUUAAAAAACAAAAAUCCGAUUUUAGCUCAAGAAUUGGGUAUGACUAAUGCUAGUGGAAAGGUUAAUGCCCAACAGUUGGGAAUAAACAAAGAUAUAUGCUCAGAACUGACGAUAACUCGUACACAGUCAAGUAAAUCAACUGGUCCAAGUAAUUCUACUCUGAACAAAACUCCAAACCUGAGUCAUAUUCUGUCACAACCGAACAAAGCUCGGGGUAUUACACAGUUUCCAUUAUCAGUUUCUGAGAUAAACUCAGCUGCAUCAACUUCAUUCAGUGCUCCCGCUUCAAACAAUGGGAAAAUCAGAGUUAGAUCUAUAGCAAACAUACCACCAGGCGUAACAAUCACUCAGAAUCGACCUUUAAGUGAAAGACUAUCAUCCGACAUCACUAUCACCCCGACUGUCACACCUUCGAUCACGAUAACAGAGAGUUUUAGCCUCUCCGAGGAACAUAAUUUGGAAAAUUCCAAUGAACAUAAUUCCGACGAAAGAAGCAAGACUUUAGAUAAAAAACUUCCCGAACUUACCAGAAUACUAAACUCACAAGAACCCGUACCUGUUCCUCCAAUACCAACAAUAGUCGAAGCCUUCAAUGCUUCUAUUUCGGCACCCUCAACAUCCUCCGAUGUUGAGAAUGAAUCAGCAACUAUCAAAACAGAAGUAGAAAAUGAAGAUAUACCCGACUCAACAGACAAAAACGAUGUUUAAGAUUUUUACAUAUAACAAUCACAGGAGCAAAUACUUAAAAUCCAUAUUGUACCGUAUAUAUCCAUAUUAUACUAUGAGCUGAUUGACGAAGGUAACUCUAUUUAUUGAUUUAGCAAAUACUUACUUUCACACUGUACAUAUGAGCCUUUAGUUUGUACUGAAUAUCUACUGUAUCUUUGGUAUUGAAUAUCAUUGGAUUUAAGAUAUGAAUCAUUUCUUUUUUUAUUUAGCUGGAUUGGUAUAGUUAUCAUGCUGCCACAAAUGUUAUCAUAUGCACACACUAUUCUGGUAUAAAAUAUGUAUAAUGUUUUUCAAUUUUGUUAUAGUAGUUUACACAACGAUCGCGUAAAGAUAGUGUUAACGACGUGAGUAGAAAAUUUAAGGUAUGAGCCUCUGCAAGUGUGCCUUAAAAACUUCUAUAAGUUACGCGUAAAAACUAUUUACGCGAGUUGUGUACACUACUCUACCUACGACCGAUUUUUAAAUUACUAAUAAUCACUUUUCAAAUCUUCUAAGAGAGGUUAUGUUUUUGUUUAUAACCUUUCAUUGCAAAUUACAUUGAUGCAACGACUCGUUAUACCAAUCACUAUUAGUUGAAGUUUGAAUCCUUGAACCUCAUUGGUCCAUUACAUGUGUUGUUAAUUAAAUCUAUGCUGUUAUGUAAGUAAACAAUGCUGUUAGCCUAUGUGAAACUUUUCAAUUCUAAGAACUGAGCUAAAACGGCUAUUUUUAAAAAAAGGUCGUAGGUAAAAGAAUUUUCCUUUGCUAUAAUCGAAUGGUACUUUAAGACUUUUUUAGACAAUCUGAAUAUAUAUUAUUUAUAUCAAUCUACUUUUUAAAAAAAAUUGCUUUAGUGUUUCUCUUUAAGAGCUGUAAAUGAAGAUUAUUUUCAUUUUGAUUUUUUCUCAGCUACAGUAUUUGGUUGUUAUUUUCGUUCUCAUAAGGAUAGGAGUAUUUCUAUUCCUUUCUAACCAAGAUAAGAGUAUUUCUGUCCCACCAAUUCAAAUACUCAUUUUUCACUCACGAAAAAGACUUAAAUGUAUUUAAAUACAUUAAUAAAUAAUUCUUAUAUAGUAU